GCGGACGUCAUUCGCGGGCUUGGUGGCUACUCCCACUGCCUACUUACUUGCACACUACUUCCUACGCCUCCUCGUCGAGUGCCGCGCUCAUCCCGCAACGAUGUCGACCAGAGCACCAAUGUGGUAUUGCCAUGAGGUUCCAGAUCCCCACUGUGCGUCGUGUAAUGGGACCUUUGUAGAGAUGCUAGAGAACACGGAGGACGACCCGCGCGAGUUCCAACACGUUCACGAAGGGUUUGACGAGGAUGCGCUACCGGCCAAUAUGGACGGCUUUCUUGCUGGUCUGCGUUCCCUUCUACAGGGCCCUGACCGAGAAUUCGCGGGGAGGCCAACACCACCCACUGCCUCGCAGGGCAACCGACCAGACGGUUCUGGUAUCGGUGUAUUAGGGGGUGGCAACGGGCUCACAAUACGGAUCCAAGGCUCGCCCGAUGGUAGAUCACGUACGAUGAUCAUCGGAGGUGGUGCAGCAGGCCGACGAGAUAGUCAAGGACGAGGUGAUCAAGGACAGACCCCCCCGUUGCUGUCAGAAUUCUUGAGAGGUUCACAAACUCGGCAAGACGGUGGUCCAGGCAUUGCCGGCCCUUUAAUGGCUCAGUAUCUGCUCGCCAUCCUAGGCAAUAGACCGGGCGCUGGCAUGGACGGCUUCUUCCCCUUGAUGGGUAUGCCGGGAGGCGCAGACGACGGUCGCUGGGGAGACUACGUUUUCAAUCAAGAAGCGUUGGACCAAAUCAUCACACAAAUCAUGGAGAACUCGAAUUCAGGCCAUCCUAUACCUGCCACAGAAGCCAUCAUGGCGAAACUUCCUAGAGAAUGCUCGAGGAUGCGAGACUGCGCCAUCUGCAAAGAUCAGUUCAAAGCCGACGCCGAGGAAGAAACCGAGCGCAUUGUCGUCACGCUACCAUGCAAACAUCCCUUCCAUGAACCGUGUAUCAUACCUUGGCUUAAGUCCAGCGGGACAUGUCCUGUCUGCCGGUAUCAACUCGUGCCACAACCCGAGCACCACGCGCCAGGGUCUCCGCCGCCGCGUGGGUCCUCUUCUGGCGGACCUUCCGGCUCUGCAUCGCGCUCGCCGCCAGGUGCCUUCCCAGGCUCUUCCUCGAGUCCGCCCUCGAGUCCCCGCCAGAGGCCUGCGUCGCCCGGCGGCUCAUCGCACAACCGCAAUGGCUCAGGUGGCCCGUCCCUAUUCAGCAGCAUCUUCGCGGGACAACAGAGGAGCGACAGUGGAAGUAGAACGCGUGGCGCGCGCUCCAACUCCAGUCCGAGUCCGCGAGACCACAUACCGGGCAGCUGGGGUGAUCACGUUGACUGAUUGAAUUUUGUAAGCAUGGCAGAGGAAAGAAAGAAGCAUGUAGGCCUUGGGCGUCGCAGCCAUAACUGGCGUAUCCCUCUCUGUAUUCCCCACGUACAAUAUCACUUGGAGUGUAUCUAAUAUUGUAGCCAAAUAGACUUGUCGUUUACGUGGAUGUCAGGUUCCGGCACCGUAACUCGCAACAAACAUCUGGGCUGGUCAUCCACAAUGAUACGAUGCUCGU